AUGUCAUCGCGGAAAGACGAGCUCCUUGCGAAGAAGGCCCGUCUUGCUGAACUCAGACGACAGAAAGCCUUGCGGGAGGAGCAAUAUGCCUCCUCCCGGCAGAGCAUUGGAGAAGCUCAGUCACCAGGCAAGACAGCAGACGAGAGAAGAGCGGAGAUCGAUGAGUUUGUCUCUAGACUAAUCGAUGGCAAAAGAGAUUCACCAGCGUCCCCACGAAGGAGCCGGCCGAGUUCGCUGCAAGGCACGGGUCAGAUCACUCCGCAAGAUGAAGUAGAGCCGUCACCCAAGAGGCUGAUGGUGUCCAUGUCCACCCAGACUGAAGACACCGACGAGACAGACAAUGUACGAGAGGAGACUGCAGCCGCCCAUGAGCCUGCGCCCCCGAAAAAGGAGUAUAUCACGUACACAAAAGGCGUCCAGACUGAACCAUGGCUGGAUGAGAACCCCAAGCCGCAGGACACCUCCGAGGACGAUGAAAUUCAGGUACGAGGGGAGAGACGUCGUAGCAGGAGAGACUUCGAAGCAGAGGAACAAAUUCGACAGAAUCUGCGGAAGGAAAUAGAAGACGAGUUACGGGCAACCUUCAAUCGAGAAUCUACUCUUCCUCAACCACCAAAUACCCAACCCCGGUUCCCAUUACGGACGCUUAAUGACAACGAGUUCAAUGCUGUCGUGGCAUCUUCGGAGUUCGUCUCAUUUGUCGAGAGAUCGUCCAAAGUCAUUGAGCGAGCCCUUGACAUGGAUGACGAGUACGACCUACUGGCUGAUUAUACUCGCACUUCGACAUUGGAUGAGGAUGACGAGGAUAGUACUCCAUAUUCACGAACCAGCAAAAAGUCCCAUUCGGUGCGCGAGUCCUUCCAACUCUUUUCAGAUCGCUAUACCCGUCGACGAAUAGUCUCUGAUAUCCAAUUCUCACCACAUUUUAACGAACUACUAUUGUCCUCAUACACCAAAAAUCCAUCAGCCCCUCAUGAACCGGCCGGCCUGGUUCUGCUAUGGAAUUCCCACGCCCCUUCACGACCAGAGUACACAUUCACCGCGUCCUCCGACGUGUUAUCUGCUCGCUUUUCGCCAUUUCAUCCGAAUCUUGUGAUUGGGGGUUGCUAUUCUGGGCAAAUAUGCCUGUGGGACACAAGGUCAUCUGGUCGAACGGGCCUACCGGUACAAAAGACUCCUCAAUCCGGAUCACACCUCGGUCACACCCACCCAGUCUAUAGCAUCAGCGUCGUUGGCACACCCAACGCGCACAAUAUUUUGACAGCCUCUAUGGACGGGGUUGUCUGCUCAUGGUCUGUCGAUAUGCUGACCCAGGCACAAGAGUAUCUUGUUCUUAAUACGCCAGCACCCGCCAAGACAGACGAUCUUGCUCCUACGAGUAUGAGCUUUCCCACAUCCGACCCAACGUUCUUUGUGGUCGGGACAGAAGAAGGUACCAUCUAUCCUUGCCACAGAUAUGACCGUGCUGGCGCUCAAGCUGGUAUUGACACCCGUCUGUUUUACCGUGGCCAUACAGCCCCGGUGAUGAGCUCACAGUUUCAUCCUGCCCGAGGCCCUGUUGACCUCGGCGAUUUGCUCCUGAGCUCUAGUUCAGACUGGUCGGUGAAGUUGUGGCGCAUUAAACCACUGGCCAGUUCGAACGCGGCUGCGGUAGCGUCUGCUACUGGUGCUGGGCCCACGAUUGUCAAGCCCGUGCUCAACCUGGCUCGAGAGGAUCUGGUCUACGAUGCAAAAUGGGCGCCUCAUAAGCCUUCGGUGUUUGCGUGCGUCACUGGUGCUGGCGAUCUGGAGGUGUUUGACCUGACGUAUGACCUCGAAGUGCCGAUUGCUAGAGGAACUCCGACCAGAGGGAAGAAUGGAGUGGUGCCAUUCAAGGGAUUGAACAAGGUGGCAUGGGAAGAGAAGAGAGGCAGCCAUAUUGCAGUUGGUGGUCUCGACGGUAUCGUGACUGUCUUUGACGUUGGAAAGGGCUUACAAUGUGGCAACAAUGAGACGAAAAUGGAAGAAUGGACAGCCAUGAAGAGGUUGGUCACCAAACUUGAAGGCGGGAAGGCCUAG